GCCGAACGGCGAUUAGAUAAGCUAAAGCAAAAUCACCGGUUACUGAUUCUGUUCGCCGGCGACGGCCAGUAGAAAUGUCGGAGUUAGCCGAUUUACCGGAGUCCUGUCUUGCCGGCGGAGACAAUUCGCAGUUGGCGGAUCUUCAUCGGAAUCUGUCUUCGCUCUCCAAUGUUGAUCAUGCUCUAUACAAUGACCUAGUCGGGAUGGUUCCUAUGGUUCAAUCUCUAAUUAAUCAGAAAGCGAAUUCAUCGUUUACGCGUCGUGGAUCUGUUGUAUAUACUAAGAUGCCUUCAAUUGAGUCACGUUCUAAGAGGAUAAGUAAAUCUUUUCCAAGUAAAAAGGCAUUAGAUGAGGAGAAGGAGAAAGAGGAGUUAAUAGCCCUGAGGCAAGAAUUGAAGGAAUUGCAAGAAAAGUUGUUGGAGAAGGAUGAGUUGGUCCUGAAAUCAGAGGAGGAUGCUAAGAUGGAGAUGAAUUCUCUUCAAUCAAAACUUGAUGAGAUGAGAAAGCACGACAUUGAGAAAGAUUCCAUUAUUCGAUCUGCUAAGCAACAACUUGUUGAUACAAAGCUUAAGUUGGCAGAUAAGCAGGCUGCAGCUGAGAGAUUACAGUGGGAAGCAAAAACCUCAAGUCAAAAAGUUGUGAAGCUUCAGGAAGAUCUACACUCCCUUGAAGAACAAAUGUCAUCUUUUAUGUUAUUCCUUGAAAACAACUUCUCCAAUAAUCUCCCUUCGAUCAUAAAUCCCUAUGACUUUGAUGUUUCUCCCUAUAAUCCGGCUGAUCCUUAUCAGGAUUUUGACGAUGUGGAAACACGAGAAAUGGAGUUGGCACACAAAACUUAUGUUACUGCGGUCGCUGUUGUGAAAGAAAAACGAGACAAAGAGUCUAUUGCGGCUGCAGAAAGGGCGAGGUUACAUCUUCAAUCAUUUGUUUUUAGAUCCAACAAUAUGUAAAGAAAGGUUGUGUUAUUUAGUUUUUCUGGUUAUGGAAUGAUUCCAAUUGAUUCAACUUAAUUGGAUUUUUCCAUGCUUUAUGGAUUUAUAGAUUAUUGAUAUUUGGAAGAUAGUGGAUGAGCUAGGUAUGUUUAAAUUCU